AUGACAUUUCAGCUUCAGAUUCCGCCCCAGCUGGGGCUGCCCUCUUGGCCAGCUGAUCUUAUUGAGCUGCUCCGACAUUUAACAAUCGCUUGCUCCCUGGGCGCACUCGGGGUCUCUGCCACGGGCAUCCUGGCACUUCUCUCCGCCGUAUCGUACAGACUUUACUUGCACCCUUUGUCGGGCAUUCCGGGGCCGCGACUGGCCGCCAUCUCCAACAUUUGGUAUGCGCGCCAGGUGUGCGCAGGACGACUUCUGCAGGUCGGGAAGGAGAUACAUGACAAAUUCGGUCCCAUUGUUCGUGUAGGGCCCAAUGAGAUCUGGCUGAACUCGGAGGACGCACAUCGCGAGAUAUAUGGCUUGGGCAGUGGGUUCGGAAAGUCGGAUUUCUACGUAGCCACGGCGCUGCAGAAGCCGAAGUUAGACUGGCGCCUCCGGCCGCACUAUUCCGACACUCUCGAUCUCCUCUCAGAGUAUGAUGCGCAGCGCUACCGCCAACAGCGGCGUCUCAUCGGCCCCGUCUAUCAGGCUGCCAACCUGCGCAAGUUUGAGCUGGCGGUUGAUCAAGUCCUCGGUGAGGCUGUUACCAGGAUAAACGAGCUCGACGGCGCAGCGAUCGAUCUCAAGGAGUGGAUGCAUAUCAUCACCGUCGAGUGCCUGAGCUCGAUCGUGCUCUCAUGGUCGCCGGGAUACCUUCGCCUAGGAUCGGAUGGAGGGUCGAGUGCUUUUAGCUACAGAGGGUGGAAACGCAAGACAAUUUUUGGGCUCUUUCCUCUCGUUGCCAUCCUCGAAACACUGUCCAAGGCUGUAGGACGCGCAUUCGCAGAUCUCUGGGGGUUAACGUUCAAGGCGCCCAAAGGCCUCCGCCUCUUCUUUCCGGCGGUCCAACGGAAAAUCAAGACCCGAAUGCGGAAUUUUGAUGCAAAGAAGCAGCAGAAGAAUGUUCACGAAGAUCUGAUGGCGGACCUGGUAAAACUCCAUAAAGAGCGGCCCGACUUCACGGCAACCUACCUGCAUCGAAUGGCCAUCACGAACUUCGGAGCUGGCCAUGAAACGAUGUGCUCGGCACUCACUGCCGCCAUGGCCAUGCUUGGCAGUUCCCCGGAUGUCCAGGACAGAGUGUUGAGGGAUCAGCAAGGCCUCGCAGAUGCGGGCAACGGCAAUUGGAGCCCUGCGCCAUAUACUGUCGCGGCAGUCAAGGAGGCGCAGCGGCUGUAUCCCGUGAUCGGCAUGUCGCUCCCGCGCGAGGUGCCGGUUGGAGGCACGCACCUGCACGGCGUAUUUCUUCCGGCGGGCACGACGGUUGGCAUCAACCCUGUGUCGCUGCACCGCAACGAGCAGAUAUUCGGACCAGACGCCCACCUCUUCAACCCCGAGCGCUGGCUGGACCCGGCGAAGAGCAGGGCCAUGGACAGGUGCAAUCUGACAUGGGGCGGCGGUGCGCGGACGUGCCCUGGGAGACAUCUGGCCGAGUUGAUUUUGUACAGGACCGUCGCCCGUCUGAUCUUGGGGUUCGAGGUGACUUGCGACAUGCCUGUCGACGAAGAUGUUUGCUUCUACUUCAUGGCCAUGCUGACUGGCGUCAAGGCCCGAUUCCGCGCCAGGAAAUGA